CGCGGCUUUUGACUUCAGCAUCUAGACCCCGCCUCGCUGACGGGGGAGGGCGUGUGCCUGCUGGACUCCGGUCUGGACUGGAGGUUUUAACGCCAGCUAACGGUCGGUAGCAAUAGCGCUAGCUUUUUCCGGGGCGAGAGCGAUGCGCGGUCAGAGAUAAACCUAGGGGCGCUCGAUUUUAACACAAAAUACUUUUUCGCCUGGGUAUCCGUGGACGGUGAGAUUAAUUUAUUAACAUGUCAGUCCUCGCUCUGCAAGAAUACGAAUUUGAAAGGCAGUUCAACGAGAACGAAGCCAUCCAAUGGAUGCAGGAAAACUGGAAGAAGUCGUUCCUGUACUCUGCCCUCUAUGCGGCCUGCGUUCUGGGUGGGCGUAGACUGAUGAAACAGCGGGAGAAGUUUGAGCUGAGGAAGCCCCUGGUGCUCUGGUCCCUCUCUCUCGCCGUGUUCAGCAUAUUCGGAGCAAUUCGCACCGGAGGCUACAUGGUGUUCAUCCUGAUGACCAAAGGCCUCAAGCAGUCAGUCUGCGACCAGAGCUUCUACAAUGGCCCUGUCAGCAAGUUCUGGGCCUAUGCCUUCGUCCUGAGCAAGGCCCCCGAGCUCGGAGACACGCUCUUCAUCAUCCUGAGGAAGCAGAGGCUGAUCUUCCUGCACUGGUACCACCACAUCACGGUGCUGCUCUACUCCUGGUACUCCUACAAGGACAUGGUGGCCGGCGGGGGCUGGUUCAUGACCAUGAACUACCUGGUCCACGCGGUCAUGUACUCGUACUACGCCCUCCGGGCGGCAGGAUUCCGCGUGUCCCGAAAGUUUGCCAUGUUUGUGACGGCCACGCAGAUUACCCAGAUGGCUGUGGGGUGCGUGGUGAACGGGCUGGUGUUCUCCUGGAUGCAGCAGGGCCAGGAGUGCCCGUCACACGUGCAGAAUGUGGUCUGGUCCUCGCUUAUGUACCUCAGCUACUUCGUGCUCUUCUGCCAGUUCUUCCGCGAGGCCUACGUCCGCAAGGCCCAGGCCCGAGCCGCCGCCGGCAGGAAGGGCCUGUAGGGGGCCGGGGGCCACGGCAGGAAGUCCAGGGCAAGGGAGGGAGAGGGGGAGGGUAGGGCGCUGUCGUUCCAUGAUCGGCUCGCCUCAACAGUCUGCUCGGGGGCCUUGCGUAUCUGUUGCGUAGUGACGUAUUGUGACGUGUCGCAUUUCGAUUGCUGUAGAGUAGUGAUCAGGCCCUGGAAGUACAUCUAUAUAGAGUGCACACUAAAAUGUGGAAAGUGUUGCGACUGGACACGUCACUACGCAGCAGAGACAUGCAGGCACCCUGAACAGACCACUGACAGGUAUAGCAGGGCUGGGUGAAAGGGGAGAGGCUGUGAUUGGUGGACGGGGUCCAAAAUGGAUUGAGCCUCUUUGCGCUAUCGUAGCCAUCAUCAUAUCUGGACCUCGAAUCCAAAUCCGGCCCUGGUUUUAUUUUUUCCCAGGUAAAGCUGAAGAAUUAGUGCUACUGAUUGGCCAGACUGGCUUCACACCUGACUCCAAGGUAAAGGGAGGGUAGAAAACCAACAGUCCUCGGACCUCGAGGACCCUGAUUUGAUGUCCCUGCUCUGUAGCGGGUGACAGGAGGGAGAAGGAGAGGGGUGGGUAGUGGUGCCGUGGUGGUGGUGGUGGGGGGGGCACAAAGCUGUUUUCCUUUUUUCUCCCAAAGAAGGGCGGCGGUCUGUGAGCCGUUACCAUGCCAACACCCAAGUCUCCUCCCCCAGUUUGUGUCACAUUUACAGAGUUCCCCCAUGCCCCCUUGUUUACACCCUCCACCCCUCGUUAGUCGUCAUGCCAACCUCAUGCUGAUUAAAGCAAUGGACAGCUGCGAGCUGGGAGCAAGGGAAGAGAAAGAGUGCAAGAAAGUGAAGGAAGGGAGGAGGGGCCUAUUCUGUCCAAUCACCACCCUCUUUGUCUUAACAGGGUUUCCACGGUAACACAAGAACACCAGUUUUGUGAAGGUACAUGGAAUAUUAUCUCCCGAAUAGACUGGUUUGCGUGUUCCAAGUUGAAAAAAUCCCAAAAAACAUUGUUUUGCUGAAGAGCUGAAGACGAUUCAUUCAGAAAUAAGCUCCAUGAAAACUUUGAAAAUGCCCAGCAAAGUUUCUUGUAGUCCUUGAAUUUCUCAUUACAAAUACUGUUGAAACGCCACUUUGCAUUACCCAGUUUAAUUGCAAGCAUCCUUCUCAAUCUGACACAACCAAACUGAGAAGGUGUUAUAAAUAACUACAAGCAUAUGACACUUGGUUAAAGACAAAGUGGACUGGGCUGAGAUUGGACAGGCCCUUGAGUUGGUGAAUGUCUUGUCUAGGUGUUAUGGUUAACAUAAUUCUGUCUGUGUCAUGCUGUCUUAACCUGACUGAAUCUGGUAUUAAGGUCUGUGGAUGGGUGAUUUGUGUAUUAAAAGUGAGUGAAGUCUC